CACGGGGUGGGGAGCGAAAUAGGGAAGGUUUAAUCAAAAGAUAAAAGGAAACGGAACCAUUCAGAUGGCAAAAUAUCAUAAACAGAAGCAUUACUACUGCCGGCGAUAGAAGACCUGCUGAUCUAUCGCUGUAUUAUAUUCAUAUAUUUAUGCAUACAUAAUAAUAUGCAGGAGGAAUCUUAUUUGAGGUGGCAGCUGCCACGAUAAGAAGAAUGAGCUCCGAUUUAUAAUGGUUUACAAAAACGGGACUGGUUUAUUGAAAAAGUGAGGAGGAAUAUCGGAAGAGAAAGACGAAGUGGUGGGGAAGAGGAAAACUAUGCAUUUAGGAUGAUUUCUUCAAGGAAAACUCCCGAAAAGAGUCGCUAUCCCCUCCACUACCUGGUCUGGCACAACAAGCAUCGGCAGCUGGAGAAGGAGCUGUCCGUCGAGCAGGUGGAUGUGGAGGCGAUAGAUCCCCGAGGGCGCACCCCGCUCCACCUGGCUGUCACGCUGGGGCACCUGGAGUGUGCUCGCUUGCUGUUGCAACAUGGAGCCGAUGUCAGCAAGGAGAACCGCAGCGGCUGGACGGUGCUUCAGGAAGCGGUGUGCACCCGGGACCCGGAGAUGGUGCGCCUGGUCCUGCGUUACCGUGACUACCAGCGUACAAUGAAGCGACUGGCUGGGAUCCCCCUCUUGCUGGACAGACUACGUCAGGCUCAGGACUUCUAUGUGGAGAUGAAGUGGGAGUUCACGAGCUGGGUGCCGCUGGUUUCUCGGAUUUGUCCCAGCGACACCUACCGAGUGUGGAAGAGCGGCCAGUGCCUGCGGGUUGAUACCACGCUGAUGGGCUUUGAUCACAUGACCUGGCAAAGGGGCAACCGCAGCUUCAUCUUCAGGGGUCAAGACUCCAGCGCUGUGGUAAUGGAGGUGGACCAUGACCGACAGCUGGUGUUUUGCGAAACCCUACGUGUGUCCUCCUCACCUCCGUCCUCACCGCCUACUUCCUCCCACCGGGGCGGCACCAGCCUUGGCCUCUCAGGGGUGCCGCAGCCCACCGAAGAGCAAGUCGCCGCCCGUCUCUCUGCCCCUGUCGUCACAACACAGCUCGACACCAGGAACGUGUCCUUUGAGAGGAAUAAAACGGGAAUCCUGGGCUGGCGCAGUGAGAAGACUGAAAUGGUGAAUGGGUAUGAGACAAAGGUGUAUGGGGCCUCCAACGUGGAGCUGGUCACUCGAACCCGGACAGACCACCUGACGGAGGCACACAAAGCCAAGCCCAGAAGUAGUAAGACGCCCCUGCAGUCCUUCCUUGGCAUCGCCGAGCAACAUGUGGGCUCCAACAAUGGGACCUUGGUCACCCAGAUGUCCUGCCACCCCAGCAACCCAACAGCCCUCACGGCAGAGGAGUACUUCAACCCCACCCUGGCGUUAGGCGCCCGUGACAUCGGACCACCCUGCCAGCUAACCACCAAGACACAGAGAUUCAAAGCUAAGCUGUGGCUGUGUGAGUCACACCCCCUGUCGCUGGCGGAACAGGUCGCGCCCAUCAUUGACCUCAUGGCCAUUUCCAACGCCCUCUUCGCCAAGUUGCGUGACUUCAUCACGCUUCGCCUGCCUCCUGGCUUCCCCGUCAAGAUCGAAAUCCCCAUCUACCACAUCCUGAACGCACGCAUUACCUUUGGGAACCUGAACGGCUGCGAGGACAGCGGAGGGGCAGGAGGCGUGGAGGGCGAGGGGAGCGGGCAGAGGGACAUUCCCAGAACAGACACUCCCUCCCCGGGCAGUGACUCCUCCAGCGUCUCCAGCACCAGCUCCACUGCCUCGUGUCGAGGGGGGGAGAUCCCACCGUGUGUGUUCGAGGCUCCUCGGGGCUACAGCAUUCUGGGCUGCAGUCACCGGGACACUGUGCGUGACGAAGAGGAAGAGGAAGAUGAUCUGCUGCAGUUUGCCAUCCAGCAGAGCCUCCUGGAGGCAGGAUCUGAGUAUGACCAGGUGACCAUCUGGGAGGCUCUAACCAACAGCAAGCCUGGGACGCACCCCCUGUCCUGUGACUCCAGCCGCCUCGAAAGGACUCCACAGCACAAGCCUCGCCCCGGAGGCAGCCCUCGAGGCACACCGACCAAAAAGCCACCACGUAGCUACGACGAGCAGCUACGGCUGGCCAUGGAGCUGUCGGCCCGCGAGCAGGAGGAGGCGGAGCUCCGGCGGAGGCAGGAGGAGGAGGAGCUGCAGCGCAUCAUUCAGCUGUCACUCAUGGAGAAGUGAGGCUCUGCUGAGAGGAACAGAGGCGGCGGCGGCGGCGGGGGGAGGGGGGGGGUUGCCAGAGCGGUAGUGGUGCGGGGGCUUAGAGGGGGUUUCUUACAAAAGAUGUGGAAGUGGGACAGGGACUUACCAUUGGCUGAACGCCUGUCUCCUGUGUCCCUGCGGGCUUCCCCACCUCCCACCUCUACUCCUCGUGUAAUUAUGCCCGCAGACUCACGCCGUACGUUCCGCAGGGGUACCGGUGCCGGCCGACGUGCCGCUGCGGCAGCGUCCCCUUCCGAUCACGUCCACGCUCGCGCGCUCCCCCAACACCCGCUCCACGUCCCCGUGGCACUCGGCACUCACUGAGCACGUUUACGACGAAACCUCUACGUGCGACUCUCCCGCUGACCGCCAGGGUGGUGCUAGCCGAAAAAGAGGAACGCGUGUGCGCGAGCGUGUAUGCGUGCGUGCGUGAGGGAGCGUUGAACGGAGCUGCUCCGGGCAACUUCGGAGACACAGCUAGACAAGCCUCCGACGAUUCCGACCGCUCCUUUUCGGAGAAUCGGUCUCGUAAUGGGGCAACACGGGGGGUGGGGGGUAUGGAAUGGGGGAUGGAGUUAUUGUUAAAAAACUUUUUCUUCCUUUGUACAUCGAUUUACUGGAAUAUUUCAUUUGCACAGAAUCUAAUAGUACUGUACCGAGAUUGUACUUGUAUAGCUUUUACGACUGUUACUGGAAGGAAUAAUAGGCGAAACUGGGUUCUCGGUUAUUGGCGGUCAUGUCUUAAGCUUUAGUUUUAAGGAAAUGGCAGCAGUAACACAUACCUCAUCAUUUCUACUGGGCCUCGAACAACUCUUAUCCAGUCGCCCCACAAUUCUGCCAACGUUCGACCCAGCUCGUUCACCGCCCGUCACGAUCUUGGAGCGAAUGAACAAAUGGAAGACGAAGACACGGAUAACUCAAAUAAAUAGCUCCGGUUCCAGGAGGGGACCUGCUCUUAUACCUUUUAGAAAGGUAGUAAAACGGGGAACGGAGUUAAACAUCUAACUGUAAAAUGGAUAAAAACAAAACCUAUAUAGAUUCACAAUAGAUGACCACUUCUGGAAAGCAAUGACUAUUAAAGGCAGGAAGACGGUGUUACCUUUGAUGACCAACGUACCAGAUGUAACGUACUUGAGUCUGAAGAUGCUUUGUGCCGCAUGGGUAUAUAUUUAUCGGACAGUGUUGGACUUAGGAAUGCGUAGGCCUUAUUUACUGUUCGCGAGCCACAAUUUAAACGACUAAGGUUUAACUUCCGCCUCGUCGAAUGAGCAGGAAAGCAACGGUGACAUAGUGGUCUGUGUGAAGUGUAACUUGUGUGUGUAUGUUGUCACAGUAUGGCAUAAUGGGGUAUCGGGCUACAUUUAUUCUAAGCGCCGAGACGUUUCGAUAAACUUUUUGGGUGGGGUAGGUGAUCACAAACGUUUAUUUUGUCUUUAACCUUGCAUUUAGAAAUUCCUCCAUGAAAUGUUAAUAGGUCCGUACAGUGGGAAUCCUGGUCGACGUUAGUGUAAGCAUGUUUGGAUAAGCAAAGUGCACAGCCUUGAUGUCACACUACAAUUCAGUGCUCACAGAAGGUCACAGAGCGAGUCAGCAACUCUUUGCUAACAUGGUUUGUUAGAUUUUUCUGUUUUUUUUUUUUUAUUUAAUUUUUUGGCUUUUUUAAAUGAGCAAAGUAAGAACAAGGUACUUUUUUUAGAAAAUAACAAUUUCCACAGAGAACGGAGUGUUAAAGCACUAAUGAAGAUGCUGCGGAGCUGUGCUAGAAACUCAAAAUAAAUGGACUGAAUUGUAUCGCUUUCGUGCGGAUGUUUUCAUGUCAUGCAAAAUGCAGAUGCUGGUUUUAACUUAAUGUCUGAAGUUGCACACGACCCAAUAUACCGUCUAUGAAUUUUCAUCUGCUCUCUCGAGUUACGGAGCGCUUGAUGCUAUGGGCUCUACAACUUGUUAUUCGAACUGCAGGGAAAGCGCUGCACUGAAGACGGGAUGUGACAUAGUUCGUCCCGGUAUGAAUCACCGGCAUUAGGUGGGCGUUUCCGCAGACACGGAUGAGUCAACCCCAGCGAAUGCGUUUAACCCCCCUCGAGAUGCGGAGCAAAAACAGGGAAAGAAUACGCUUUAAAAUCGAUGAAGUGAGAAAGCGAAGGGGUGCGUGAUCAUCAGUAUUCGAAAAGCACAGAAGGCGAGGUUAUGAAUAUGAGACAGCGGGGCGGGAAAUGUUAGCGGAGACAGGGUCGCGUGGCAAGUUUCAUUUUUACACCACCCUUUUCCAUGGUGCAUUCUGUAGAAAUUAAUUUAAUUUCCUCCUCCCGGAAUCUGGUUCAACAAAACAUGUUUUUUUCUCCUCUUCGACUUCUCGUCCCAUCCAUCGACUCCCAGAAAGGACUGAAUGGCACUGAAGCUAAACAGCCAGGUCGCACUAAUUAAAAUCACUAUGAAAUAACCAAACGAAAGGACAUUUUCAACUCUUAGUGAACG